CUGAAAAUCCCCUCCGCAACCAUCAACGAGCCAGAGUCUGCCGCCAACUCCAUCCAGAUUUCAUCAAUCAAGCUACCGCUCGUCUUUUCGACAUUCGGAAAUAGUUAGUCAAGAUGGUUCUCGCCGUUGACCUCCUGAACCCCAGCCCGGCCGCCGAGGCCCGCAAGCACAAGCUCAAGACCCUUGUGCCUUCUCCUCGCUCCUUCUUCAUGGACGUCAAGUGCCCGGGUUGCUUCACCAUCACCACCGUCUUCUCACACGCCCAGACCGUCGUCAUCUGCCAGGGCUGCACGACUGUCCUCUGCCAGCCGACCGGCGGGAAGGCCAGGCUCACCGAGGGCUGCUCGUUCCGGAGGAAGUAAGCGGUUCGCACGCGGCUGUUUUCUUUCUUUGGGCAUCAUGACAUGGUAAUGGGAUCACCUCGGUAUCUGCAAGGCUGGUUCGAGUUGGGCGUCUAGAACACAUUACUCUCGGUCGUCAAAUCAAUCUCAUUUGCGGAUAGAAGAUGGAUUCGCCAACAUUCACCCCGCACAACAACCUGGGAGGGCGUUUGGGGUCCGGAUAUCUUGCAUCAUCGACUUCUUCGACUUUCUCUCGAUCUGCGUUUUCCGAUCGUUCGUCUUGUCUUCUUGCUGUAUAGGCAGGUGAUACUGCAUGGGAGGAUCGCUGGCAGAAGCAUUUUCACAAGUGUUUAGACUGUCGUGCCACGGGCGGGUGGCAAGGCUCUUCUAAACGCGAGGACGUGGAUCGCUGAGGGCUGCCGAGAGGCUCGGUGCAGUUUGCAGAAACAAAAUUGGGGGAUCGUUGUUGCUUCGCGACGACAAAUUGACGAGAUUCCAUGACCA